AUGAAGGGAACAAAACUACUCACAGCGCUCCUCUUCUUACACUUCACAUCAUCCACCCCCCUCCAAACCGAACCCUCCCCCUCAGAAACCUACGCGCCCUGCAUCCGAAGCGCAUACAACCACUUCCUAGUCCGAAACUGGCGCAGCAUAACGCACAACGACAGCAGCGAAACCUUCCACUUCACGCUCUCCGCCAACUUCACGUCGUACUCCUCCUCAUGUAGCGGAAUCCGCUACGGCGAGGAUAACAGCGGGUGGUUAGCCUGCGAUGACUCUGAUGCCACAUUUGACUUCUCAUCAAACGAUUACAUCAAUAUCAAUUUAUCCUACAUAUGCGACCGCGGCCCAGAAGAAACCGAUCCGAGGAAUAAGUACGCGAUUGCGAAAGCGACGGGGGAUAGCAGAUUAACAAUUGGACUUGUAGAUACGCCGGAGGGGCAUUUCACGGGUACCGAGGGGGAUAACAUAACAAUCCCGGCGUAUAGCGAGAUCGCGCAUCGUCUGCCUAGCCUAGACUGCGCCGUCGUGUCGCGAAGAACGGAGUGGGAGGUUCGGAAUUUCGAGUACCGCGCGAAUGUCCAUGCGACUAGCCCUUGGAUCAUUCCCGGUACGACAGUUACUAUUAACUAUGAUCUGUAUAAUCCGGCGAACGAUUACUUGAUUAAUUGCCAAGCCGUCAAUACUACGCUCGCGGAUACGCCAGAUAACCCGGAACUCAUCAGCCCGGACGCGCGGUGGCCGUGUCCGAUUGAUUACCGCGAUGAUUUGAUGCCGCCUGAGGCAUAUCCGACGACGGGUUUCUGGUUCAAUAAGAGUUCGAACGAGAUCACUAUCAAGCAAGAGUGGGACUGCACCGACGAAGACGACGAGGAUGAAGAAAUCACAUUUUCCGAAACAGGCAGCACAAUCUUACCGCUGCAAUGCCAUGAUAUUUUCUUGGCGCCUGAUAGUACGAUUCUUAAGGCCGUGGAAUGUGAUGCUCUCAAUGCGACGGUGAAGGCAAGUCUCGUAUCGUAA